GUGAUCGUGGGACAGGGGAGGAGGGGGGAGCCAACCCCAUCCCGCUCACUCCCCGGACCUGGACCGGACCGCUCUGGGUCGGGGAGGUGCGGGAAGGUGAUGUCGUAAAAGCCCGAGUGUCGUAAACCAGGUGCGGAGAAGGGGAGGUGAAGGGGAGGGAGACAGGAGGGAGGAGGGUGAGGGGGAGAGGGGGGGUGAGAGAGGAGGUGACUCUUCGGCAGCAUUUAGACACAACGAAAGGAUCAUGGCGGAUGGCCCCAGGUGUAAGCGCAGAAAGCAGGCGAACCCGAGGAGGACCAGCGUGAGUAACUACAACAAUGUGGUGGAGGCCGGCUCAGACUCCGACGAUGAGGACAAGCUGCACAUCGUGGAGGAGGACGGCGCCGACUGUGACGGCGUCCCGCAGGACGACGAACACCCGGGGGUGCUCCAGUGGGACCCAGUGAAGGAGGACUGCCCCUCAGACGGCGAGGAUGACGUGAGCACGGACGCCCUGGUGGAGAAGAUGCUCCAGCAGGGGGACACGGCCGUUAUCUACCCCGAGGCCCCCGACGACGAGCCUCCGCGCCAAGGAACCCCCGACGCCGGCGUCCACGACGAGAACGGGACUCCCGACUCCUUCUCCCAGCUGCUCACCUGUCCCUACUGCUCCCGCGGCUACAAGCGCUACAGCUCCCUGAAGGAGCACAUCAAGUACCGGCACGAGAAGACGGACGAGAGCUUCAGCUGCCCGGAGUGCAGCUACAGCUUUGCGUACCGCGCUCAGCUGGAGAGGCACAUGACGGUCCACAGGAACGGAAGGGAUCAGAGGCACAUCACACAGUCCGGGGGCAAUCGUAAAUUCAAGUGCACCGAGUGUGGCAAAGCGUUUAAGUACAAGCACCACCUGAAGGAGCACCUCCGCAUCCACAGCGGAGAGAAACCCUACGAGUGCUCCAACUGUAAGAAGCGCUUCUCCCACUCCGGCUCGUACAGCUCCCACAUCAGCAGUAAGAAGUGCAUCAGCAUCAUCUCAGUGAACGGCAGGCAGCGCGUGGGGGGGGCCAAAGCGCAGGCCCAGGGCCCUUCCCCGGCGUUGUCCACCUCGCCCUCCGCCCUCUGCACCCAGAUCAGGGAGAAGCUGGAACACACCAAGCCGCUGCAGGAGCAGCUGCCCCUCAACCAGAUCAAGACGGAACCCGUGGACUACGAGUACAAGCCGGCCGUGGUGACGCCGCCAGGCAUGACUGCCAUGAGCGCAGGGGGCGUGUUCGGUGGCGGCGCCGCGGCUCCUCUGCAGGGCACGGUGCAGGCGGUGGUCCUGCCCACCAUGGGGCUGGUGUCUCCCAUCAGUAUCAACCUGGCGGACCUGCAGAACGCCCUGAAGGUGGCGGUGGACGGUAGCGUCAUCCGCCAGGUGCUGGAGAACAAGGUGCAGGCAAGCGCGGGGUUAACCACUGGAACACUCCACCCCCCCCAGCAGCAGCUCAUCUCAGCCAUCAGCCUCCCCAUCGUCGGCCAGGACGGCAACGCCAAAAUCAUUAUAAACUAUAGCCUGGACCCCAGCCAGGGCCAGCUCACCCCACACAACCUGAAGAAGGAGCGCGAGGAGACGCUGUCCCCGUUUCUCCAGAAGCUCCCCGAGGACCUCACCGUCAGAGCCCCCAACCCCCCCGACAUCAAAGAGGAAAAGACCACUAAAAACUGUCUCCUGUGUGAAAACUGUCCCGGAGGCUUGGAGGCUCUCCAUGCUCUGAAGCACUGCAAGAAGGACGUUCUCCGGCUAAACGGAGCGGGCCGGGACCGAUCUGAGUCCGCCAUCGCCGCCUUGCUGUCAGAGGGGGGGUUCUGCCACCAGCCCAAGAACAUCCUGUCCCUGCUCAAGGCCUACUUCGCCUUGAACGCCGAGCCAACCAAGGAUGAGCUGGCCAAGAUCUCCGAUUCUGUCAGCCUGCCGGUCCACGUGGUCAAGAAGUGGUUCGACAAGAUGCAGGAGGGGCAGAUCUCCCUGGGCGCCCCCACGCCUCCCUCAGAGGAGGAGGACACCUGUGAGGCUCACAGCGUGGUGUCUUUGGUUCCGGGGAGGGACGCAGCCACUAAAAGCCCGUCGGUGAGCCAGGACAGCCCCACUGAAGCCACCCCGGCUGAAGUCAACGGCACUCACAGUUUUCCGGCCUCCCCCUCGCCACUAAACCUGAUGGCGGGCAGUCCCGUCCAAGCUGUCACCCCACAGAGCACUGAGGGACCCCUGGACCUGUCUCUGCCAAAGCCGGCCAGAGAAGAGGCGGAGCGAGUGGCGGUGAAAGCCCCAAUCUUCCUCUCCGCCUCCUCUGGCUCCCCCAAAGAGGAGCAGCCCCUCAACUUAACUUGCACAAAGAACAACGCAUCGCCACUCUCGUCCACGUGGGGGAGCCCCGCCGCACUGUACGCCCACCAGCCAAGUGCCAAACCCCUCGAUAUUGUAACCACAAUGCAAUGCCUCAGAGCGCUCGCCACCAACAACAAGCAGGCCAUCCUCAUCCCACAGCUGGCUUACACCUACACCACGGCGGCGAGCAGCCCCGCAGGCAGCGAGACACACGACGCCGGCCACAUCAACGGAAUCAAGGAGGAGAAGCAGGAGCUGAGCUCCGAGGGCGUCUCUGCGCUGGAGGAGCAGAACGACUCGGACUCCGGCCCCGGCAGGAAGAAGAUGAAGAAGACGGAGAGCGGCAUGUACGCCUGCGACCUGUGCGACAAAAUCUUCCAGAAGAGCAGCUCGCUGCUGAGGCACAAAUACGAACACACAGGGAAGCGGCCUCACGAGUGCGGCAUCUGCAGCAAGGCCUUCAAACACAAACACCACCUGAUCGAGCACAUGCGCCUCCACUCCGGGGAGAAGCCCUACCAGUGCGACAAGUGCGGCAAGCGCUUCUCCCACUCCGGCUCCUACUCGCAGCACAUGAACCACCGCUACUCCUACUGCAAGAAGGAGGCGCAGAGCCAGGAGAGCCCCGAGCAUGGCGAGGCUCUGAGCCGGGUGCAGAGCGAGCUGUUCCCUCCCUCCCUGCUGGACUUGGACGAAAGAGGGAGCAGCACCAGAGAGGAGGAGGAGAGCGAGGAGGAGGAGGAGGAAGGCAUGGUGGACAUGGAGGACAUCCAGGUGGUGCAGAUAGAAGAAGAGGAGGUGAGCAAGGGUGCAGAGGAGGUCACAGAAGAGGUGGAGGAGCAGGUGAAAGCAAGGGAGGAGGAGGAGCCAGCAGGGAGCCCCGAGAAGGACGAGGCAAUGGAAACGGAGGAGAACGAAGGGGAGACGAAGGACAAUAAAGAGGAGAAAGGAGACACUGACUGAGGAGCGGACUCCUGCAGGCGACGCAAUCAGACUCCUCCUGUCGAGGAGGAGGAGCGCAGGAGGCGAAGAGCGGCCCUCCGACACUUCACUACUGUGUAGAAAUCCAGGUGUGCCUGAAAAGCGCAGCGCCUCCUGCUGGGAGGAGCAGAGCGUGGCCGUCUGUCCAGAAACGAAGGAUCACAGACUGGAAGCUCGAGCCGACUGGUUUUAGAAAAUGAUUUGUUACUAAAACCCUUCAGUCCUUUCUUUCUAUCAGUAUUACUAAUUUUAUCGCUCAUAUUUUAACCUCUAAAGCUGUACAGUUGGGAGAUAUUUCUAUAUCUUUUUAUUGCCAAUGAACAAAAAAAAAGAAGUCAGUAUUUUGUUAAGUUGGGAGUCUAAUGAGAGAAUCCUGUGCACUACAAGUGGCUUGGUUUACCUGCAGAGGAGCUGCCGACCCUUCAGUAUUACCGCGCCUCCACACGUCUUAGCAUUACACUUCCUGUCGGCUGUUUGGAGGGACUGUAGCCUUAAGAAGCAGCUGACCGCGCCUCCCCUUCAGCUCCGUCAUCCAGUGGAGCCGUCUUCAUGAAGCUUUGACGUGUCGAUACCGUUUGGCACAUACCCCGCCCCCCUCACCACUGACCCGUUUCUGUAAUUGACUGAACGACUGUGACAGAAAGCUCAAAUAUUUGAUGUUUUAUUAGAGUUUAAGGAAAUUCAGCACCCAUCACCACCACACACACAGAAAUGAAGCUGUAUGCAAAAAGGAGGACAGAGAGCAGCAUCACUGACUGUAUAAGAGACCUGGACAACAACAACAAGCAGUCUGAGCUGGCCAACGUCUCUAUGACAACCACCAAUCAGGAGUGAGCUUGUUAGAAGUCCACACCCCCUACCACUUAAAGGUGGACUCCACAAAAUCCAAAAUAGUCCAAGGUAAGAUCACAUACUUUUAUUGAGGCAUCUGAUUGGCCCAAAAAUGAAAAAAUAUGUAACGUUAAGACGAUAAGGUCGUAAAAUGAUGAGAUAAUAUAGUAGUCAUAUUCUAUUAGAAAAAAGUCAAAUAUUUACGAGAAUAAAAUUUUAAUAACAUUAAUAAAAAAAAAGGAGUUGUUUUUUUUACGAAAAAUAAAAUUGUAACAUCAGGAGAAAAAAGUCAAAAAUGUACGAGAAUGAAAUCGUAACAAUUUGAGAAAAAUUUUUUUGGAAUUUUGACAGAAUAACGUCACAACAGUACGAGAAAAAAAGUAAAAAAUUUACAGGGCCAAAGUUGUAACAUUAUGAGUAAAGUUGUAAUUUUAAGAGAAUAAAGUCAUAACAUUAGGAGAAAAAAGUCAAAAUGUAAGAGAAUAAAGUCAAAAAUGAAAAGAAAAAUGUUGUAAUUCUACAAAAAUAAAAUUGUAACAUUAGAAGAAAAAGUCGUAAUUUUUCAAGAAUAAAGUGAGAAAAAAGUUGUAAUUUUAGGAGAAUUAAGUCAUACAUUACGAGGAAAAAAAGUGAAAAAUUGAAAAGAAUGAAGAACUUCUAACUUAAGAGAAAAUAGUCGUAAUUUUAUGAGAAUAAAGUUCUAACAAUGCGAGAAAAAGUUGUAAUCCUAAGAGAAUAAAGUCACAACAGUACGAGAAAUAACAUAAAAAAAUUUAAGAGACUAAAGUUGUAACAUUAGGAGAAAAAGUCGUAAUUUUACAAUAAUAAAAUUGUAACAAUUUGAGAAAAAAAGCGUAAUUUUAUGAUAAUAACGUCGUAAAAUUGUAAGAAAAUUUUACUAGAUAUGAAUCAAGAAUUUACCAGAUUAAAUCAAUGAAUGUAUGAGGCAAAAGGCUGUUUACUAAAACAAAUUUAGACAACAAAAAAGAAGCAAAGUGGCGUUCUUGUAUGAGAGAACUUCCUGUAGCAUUAGUUUCCCAAAUUGACAGUAUCAGGACACAGACAUAGAGUUAACAGAAACCUGGCCCUCUUCAGAGGACGAUUCUGGACUCAGUCCAGUUCUCUUGUACAGUCAAUGAGCAGUACAUCUCAUCUCCACCUGCGGUUCCUGACAGACUUCGGGAACUCGGCCCUCCCCGACCCCAAUGCUUCUUUGAGCGUCUGGAAACGACGACUCGUGUUCGAAGCUGCGACUUAUCUCCGCUCAGACGUCGCUGUGGGCGGAUCUGACCCCGGAAUUUAACCCCGCGUUAGCCGUCAGUAUUAUUUUAGUGUCUCUUAUUGUGUUUGUAAUGUAUGUUUUCAUCCAUGGCAGUAUUAACCCCUCCCUCCCCCACCCUCCAACCACAUGGGUUUGUCUGUGUACUCAUAGAGAACUUUUAUAUUUAUGUGUCUUAUUUUUUUAUAUUUCUUUGUGCUUAUUUAUUACACCAUGUAGUGUACAAUACUGUCGUCUGUUUUAAUGCCAUAAUAUAUUUUAGUAUGAAGGAAAAAAAGAUUCCCAGACUCCGGCGUUCUGAAGUGAUUUACGAACAAAUAAGACGUUUUUCUUCAGGGAAAAAGUCCGAAGCUCACCUGAAAAGCGGAAGAAUUUGAUCCUGUGACCUAAGCUCCACUAUCACCUUAGUUUUCUGGCCCCUCCCCCUAAAUAUGAAGCUACUGAACUGUGGAAAAGUCUACUAGCAUGAGUGUGUGCCGUCGUGUUGAAGGAUGACCCGUGACUGUCCUCUCUGCCAAGCCAAAACCAUGUUGCCCUUUUGUUCCUGUUUUGAUUUGUGCCAACUUUAUGACACGCCCACUUUUAUAUGCCCCACCCCUUUAACACCCUCAACUUUUUUUAUAGUAAUUGUUUUUGUUCAUUUUUUUUAUGACUUCCCAUCUCACAAUAAAAUACAUCAAUUACAAGCUGC